CACCCCCAAAGUGUGAAUAUCUUCUCCCCUAACCUCUUUCAAAACCAAUUUCUGUACCGUCUCUUCACAUCAUAUUCCUUCCUUCACACUUCCGUCGCCGGAGACCUUUUCACUCGCCGGAAACUUCUCAUUACCGACGUUUGUAUGACACUCUCUCACGAUCCUAACUAACAACUGCAGCAGUUUCCAUACUGAUGGCAAAGAAGAAAGAUGAAAUCACAGGAUCAGCCGAUGCAUCUGUUUUAAGAAGGUCAGGUAGAGAAAUACCAUCAAGAAAACAAACAACGUCAAGUCCUGUAAAUUCUAGAAAGUCCGAAAGAUUUCAAAAGCAAGCAUCACCAAAUCCUUCGCCUGUUAAAAAUAAACUCGAGAAAGUUGAGAAACAGAUGGAGUCCAGUCCUUUGAGGAGGUCUGAUAGAGGUAAGAAAUCGGUUGAGAUGACUGAACUACCAAACAAGUCAACAAAAGAGAAAACUGCAAACAAUUCAAAGCAGAGUUCAGAAAAUGUUAUCGAAGAUAAGAAAAUUGAAAAGCAGAAUUCAGAUGUUGGCGGUAGGAAAAGGAAGAAAUAUGAUGCUUAUAAGGCUUUAUUCAAAUCUCAACGAAUAAGAACUGAACCAGAUGUGGAUAAGGAGCUAAAACACAAUGAUAGCAUAAGAGUUCAAGAAGCUCCUAGUAAAGAUCAUAACGCGCUUUUGGAGGGAAGAGUGAUUGUUUCAGAUCAAAUAGAACAUGGUGAUUGUCUUCAAACAAAAUCUCUAGACGGCAAGUCAGUUGAAAUUGGUGAUGUGGAGAAAAAAAAUGCUGGUGACGUCUCACAAUCUAAUGGAAAUAUUGCAAAUAGUGACAACCACUUGUCCCACACAUCAUCACACAGGAUUGAACAUAAUUCAGAGAAUCAGCAGGAACAUGACACUUGUCACAAGGUUACAGAGACACGCCAAGCAGCUGGUAACAUGGAGAAUGCAGAGAACAAUGAUGUUUCUAGCAACACGCAGAAUUCCAAAUUUGUAGAAUUUUGGGUUCCUGUUCAGAUUUCAAACGUGCAGCUUGAACAGUAUUGUGCUACUCUACUUUCUAAUGAUACGGCUCUUCGUACAAACUCAAGAAGUGAUACUCUCGGGGCUCUUAAGGACCUUUUUGUUACCAUCCGAAAGUGUUGCAAUCACCCUUACACGGUGGAUCCGGAAGUUAACCAAUUGCUUAUGAAGGAUAAGGACCAGAGUAUGGUGGUAGAUGUUGGCACAAAAGCAAGUGGCAAACUACACUUUCUUGACCACAUACUACCUCAGCUCCAAAAACAACAACGCAAAGUGCUUAUUCUUUUUCAGCCUACAAGUGGUGUUUCAAGCAAUUCUCUUUUGAUUGGGGACAUAUUAGCUGAUUUUGUCUAUAGAAGAUUUGGUCAAGACUCAUACGAACUUGUGGAUGGGGUUCCAAACACCUCUACGAAGAAGCAAGCUGCAGUAAACAUGUUCAAUAAAGAUAUGACUAAAUUUAUUUUCUUACUAGAAUCUCGAGCGUGCCAUCAGAGCAUUAAGUUAUCGUCAGUGGAUGCUAUCAUCGUAUUCGACAGUGAUAUAAAUCCCUUAAAUGAUUUAAAAUCAUUGCAAAGGUUAUCUAUCGAUUCACAGUCGGAACACAUCAUGAUAUUCCGAUUAUACUCUUUAUCCACCCUAGAAGAAAAAAUUCUUAAACUAGCAGAGAAUAAUGUGGCUCUCGGUACCAGGUCACAAAAUUUAAGGAGUAAUUAUGAUGCGUUGCUCACGUGGGGGGCCUCUGACUUGUUUGACAAAUUGACCAAAUUUCAUAGUCAGCCUGUUGCAUGUAUCUCAUCUGAAGAAUCUUUUCUGAAGGAUGUAGUGGAGGAGUUUUUGUAUAUACUCUCUCACAAAAGUAAAAGCAAGGAUACAACAUCGAAAUCGGUCAUCACUCAAGUUCAAAAUUGUGGACUUUAUGGUAAAAGUAACCCGUUACAUAGUGAGAUAAAAACACAUUUACCUGAUGGAGACCAGCCUUAUAUAUUUUGGAAAAAACUAUUGGAGGGACGGUUGCCAGCGUGGAAAUUUGUAUCUCAAUCGACCCCACGUCAAAGAAAAAGACCUAAUUAUUUUUUGGAGGGAAAAAGUGAUAUUGAUGGUGGUGGUGGUGUAAAGACACGUAGGAAAACUGUAAAUAAUGGUACCAUUGAACCUGCUCAACUGAAGACCGUAAUUGAAGGGGAAACUGGAGGAGUAAAUGCGGGGGUUUCGGCAGCAACUAAUGAGUCUCAGUCAUCAUCUGGCGAUCAGUUUUGGUCAACCACGGUCAAUGAUGAAACAAGUAUGUAUGAUCUCUUGAAGCCUACUGUGUCUGAGCUUUGCGACAUUCUCAAGUUUUCGGAGGAUGUGAAGAUCAUAGUGGAAAAAUUUCUUGAAUAUGUCCUUGAAAAUUUUAUCGUCGGCAAGGAUGAUACAAGUAUAUUACAGGCUUUCAUGAUAUCACUGUGUUGGAUUGGUUCUUCUCUAGCGAAAUAUAAAAUCGAUAGGAGUGAGUCCUUUGCUCUUGCAAAGAAGCACUUUGAUUUCAGCUGCAAGGAAGAACAAGCAGAAACCGUGUACAAAAAGCUGAAACAAGUCAAGGAAACAUUUUUAGAGCACACACAAGUUCUUCCUGCUUUAAAAGAUAGUGUUCCUGCACCAGAAAGGGUUGAAAAGAGUCAACAUAUGACGAAUGUUGAUGUAUCCGAUGAAAAUGUUUCGAGAAAGGGUGUAGACGCAUUUGAGAAGAUUAAUAGAGAAUGGGAUGAAAAGAGGGCGAGUUUAGAGAAUGAAUACAAAGUGGAGAAGGCGCUAAUCCAUGUACUUUACAGUAAUCCCUCGCUAAGAUCUGAAAAACUUGAAAUAAAAGAGAGAGAAUUUGCCAACAAGUUUAAAGAACAUGAUUUACAGAAAAGAUUGUGGGAGGAUCGCCUUAAAGAGUUAACGACAACAAGGCUGGCAACGGAGGGUCCGGUGGUGGCUGACAAUAAUUUUUCGUUGCAUGGGUCCCAACAUGAGAAUCAGGUGGCGGAUUCUGGAAACGCUGAGGUGGCCCCCACUUUACCUGAAAACACAAUUGAAGCACAAAGUCAGGAUGAACCUGUGUGUGAAGGUGCUAAUGAUAUUGAGUCUACUGGUUCUCAUACUUCUGAGAAAGAGAUGGCUGAUGCAGCAUCAAGUGAGCAGAUUGGAGCUCCAGCUCAGCAGCAUGGUGAUGAUGACAUGGACGUUGACGUGGCAGAGAAAGCUGACUCUGGUCAUGAUGUGGCAGAGAAAGCCGACUCUGGUCAUGAUGUGGCAGAGAAACCUGACUCCAGUCAUGAAAAUGUUAACUUAGCAUCUGAAGACCCGGUUGAAGACCAUAACGAGACUGGCGCAAAUGAUGUGGCGCCACAUGUUGACUGUGGUGACGUGGAAAUGCCAGCUGGAAAUGACAACAAAGAAAAUGAUGAAGAAGGCGCUCUAGGCCCUGAUGAAAACGACCAUAGCAAGACUUGUGCGACUGAUAUGGCGCAACAUGCUUACUCUGGUGACGUGGAAAUGCCAGCCGGAAAUGACAACAAAGAAAAUGACGAUAAUGAAGAAAACAAUCAUGAAACUGGUGCGAAUGAUAUGGCACCACAUGUCGACACUGGUGACAUUGAAAUGCCAGCUGGAAAUUGCAACAAAGAAAAUGAUGAUUGUGGCACUGUAGACCUUGAUACAUCUCAUGUUGUUGAAGACCAUCACAAAACUAUUGAUGUGGCACCAGAAGUUGAAUCUGUUGAGAUGGCAACGCCAGCUGGCACAUGCGGCAUAGAGAGCCCUGAAGAGGGGGAGAUUCAGCCUGACACACCAGAUGCUAGUGGGGACCAGAAUGAAACCAGCCCAAACAAUGUGCUACCGUGUGUUGUGUCUGCUGAGGUGGCAACACCAGCUGAUAAUGAAGAGAAUGCUGAAGAUAACAUUACACGACCUGAUGCAUUACACGCUAAUGAAGACCACAAUGAUUCGUGUGGUUUCGAUAGUGGUAAUACAGUGGGUGCAGCCAUACCACAGGAAAAAUCACCAUCUGUUCAGCCAGUUUCUUCUCCAGCUUCAGAUCAUCUAGAGCCAAUCAUUCCAGACAGUGGAGUUCCAGAUAAAGACAUUGAUGUCGGUAAUCCACAACCGCCAGGUGUCAGUCAACUCGAUCAGAUGAUUGUAGACGAUGAACUGGAUAUCCCGACAUCUACUGGUCCAGUGUGUGCAGCCGUAUCACAAGACAAAACACCCUCAGCUCAGCCGGUUUCUUCUCCAGCUUCAGAUCGUGUAGAGCCAAUCAUUCCAGAAAUCCAAAAUGACCCUCUUCAACUUGAACAACAACUUCCAGACAAUGGGGUUCAAGACAAAGAAAUUAACGUUGGUAAUCUGCAACCGUCAGGUGCCAGUCAACGUGAUCAAAUCAUUCCAGACAAUGAACCGGAUAUCCCGUCAUCUACUGAUCCAAUGGUUGAUCAAAUCAUUCCAGACAAUGAACCGGAUAUCCCGUCAUCUACUGAUCCAACGGUUGCUGAAAAUCUAUCUGACACACUUCCACCAAGCGAGCCAUUAAUUGAACCCACUUGUGAAGAGCCUGUAGAAAAUUCGGAAGAAAACCCUGUCCCUGCUUCUGAGCCACCUCACGAGGAACAACAGCUUCGUGUGGCCACAUCCGUUGCACCCACACCACCAGUUAAUGCACUAAACAUAUUUGAUACCAUUGCUAAUCGAGUGAGCCCUCAAAAGCCAAACCAUUCCGAUCCACUUCAAGCUGAAGUAGAGCGGUUAUCCACAGCGAAAGAUACAAUAUCCAAGUGCUAUCAAGAAAUGAAACAAAGGCUGGACACUGAAUGUAAUAAGGAAAUAGCGGAAGUUGUUGCACAAAUACGUCUCAAGUAUGAAGCUAAACAUCAAGAAACAGAUGCAGCUUACAACUCAAAAACGAUGGAACUUGAGACCAAUAUUAAUAGAGUCACCAUGAACAAAAUAUUGGCCGAGGCUUUCAAGUCUAAGUGUCAAGAUGUUACUUUUACUGGGCAUUCAGUAUCUCAGGCUGGAAUAAUGCAACAACUUCACAGGCUAUCUGCUAGGCAUUACCACAAUGCGUCUUCAUCGUCACCACCACAAACACCCCCGUUGCUGCCGCAGCCACCGCCACUGCCGCAAUCACAACUACGACCGCAAUUGCCUCUACAAAUUGUCCACCAGCCCGCGGCUCUCUUCUCAAGCACGCCAAGCAGAACCCCCUCCCCUACACUAAAUAGGCCACCGUCCAAUACAGGCUCUUUAACCGCACCAAGUAGGCCACCACCUGCGGUUGACCAGUUGACCUCCUCAACCCCACCUACCACUACUACAAGACCACCACCUAUUGUCAACCAGGUUACUCCAACCACACCUACCACUAGCAGGCCGCCACCUGGCAUUAACAUGAGUAACCACCUCUCAGCCUUGCAUAAGAGACCACCUAGUAUCGCGCAAUUUGACAUGUCUGCUGCAAAUCUUCGGAUAAGCACCGAAACCCGUCGGCAAUCCCCGCAUAUACGGCCUCUGGUUAGCAGUGAACCCUGUGCACCAGCCCCGAAUAUACGGCCUAGCAGUGAACCCCGUGCACCGCCCCCAAAUAUACGGCCUCUGUUGGGCAGUGAACCCCGUGCUCCACCCCCACAUCUGCGACCUUUGGUCAACCGGGAACCACGUGCUCCGGCCCCACAUAUGAGAUCUCUUGCUAGCACUGAAAUUCGGGCACGGGCCCCACAUCUGAGAUCUACGCCCUCUGUAACUCCUGACGCUGGAACUCACCGGAGGGUAAUGCUUCAAUGUCCAGAUGUCACAAGUGGCCCAUCUCAGUCCCCUGUUAUGCCACUUUCAACGUCCUCACCACAAACGGCGCCUGUUGAACCUUUGGUACAAACACAGCCAUCUGAUAACUUGAAUGGGCUUGCGGACAGUGCUCCUCCUCCUCGCUGGGUUAACGUUAACGUUACGGCACCUCAACGUGAUCUAAGAUCACAGAAUGGCAUACUGGACGUAAGCGAUUACGUUCGAGAGGGUACUGCACCCUCCUCUUCUGCCCAUGAUCUGGUUUGUUUGUCCGAUGAUGACUAACUAGUUGGUUAACAUAUGAUGUUUAUAUAGAUAUAUUUAAUUAAAGAAUUUACACGCAGUCUUAAACUAGCUAUGGGCAAUUGUAGAGGUCGGUCUAGAAUGUUGUAUUUUGGAAGUGGAGCUGCACCACUUGUUUUGUAGAGAUGCAAGAGUAGGCAUUUAUCUACCCUACCUAAGAUGUUUAUACUUAUUAUUAGUCCGGUUCAGUAUUAGUUUAUUGAUUUUGAGACGAUUAUGGAAGAGAUAAUCACGAAAAUGACUUUUAAGCUUUUUGUAUGAUUCUAUGUGCAUGAGAUACGUGAACUCAACUCGUGUUUCUACUUUA